AUGGCGAGCGGCAGCGAGCAGCCGCAGGCGGAGACCGAGCCCGAGGCGGUGGAGCUCGUGCUGUUCCAGGUCGCCGAGUGCUACGUCUAUCUGAUACCUCCUAGGAAGACGGCCGCCUCUUACAGGGCUGAUGAGUGGAAUGUCAACAAAUGGGCUUGGGAAGGGGCACUUAAGGUUGCCAGCAAGGGGGAAGAAUGUGUCAUCAAACUGGAAGACAAGAGCACUGGUGAGCUGUAUGCCAGGGCAUUUCUGAGAGAAGGCGAACCACAUCCGGUGGAAGCUGUAAUUGAUAGCAGCAGAUAUUUUGUACUUCGCGUUGAAGAGAAUAUAGAUGGGCGUCAGCGUCAUGCUUUUAUAGGGUUAGGCUUCCGUGAAAGAACUGAAGCAUAUGACUUCCAAGCUGCUCUACAUGACCAUAUGAAAUAUCUAAACAAGAAGAAGACCGCUGAAGAGAUGGUGCAGCACUAUGAGAAUACGUCAUCAGUGGAUUAUAGCCUCAAAGAAGGGGAAACUUUAGUUCUCCAACUAAAAAAUAAAGAAAGUGCCAGCAAGACAAAAUCUGCAUUUUUCGAGCAAGGUCUGAACAAGCUGUCGUUCAAUGAAAAAGCAAACACCAAGGAGGCCACAGUGUCCCUCAAACUCCCGCCACCUCCACCCUCACCCGUGUCUCCAACUGAUUCUGGAGUUGCCAUUUCCCCUUUCAAAGCAGAAUUUCCUUCCCAGGAACAACCAGGCACCGGCGAUGCCGGGGACGCCGCCGCUCCUUUCAAAGCAGAAUUUCCUUCACAAGAAGAAGCACUGGAUGAUAUCGUGGAAGCUAGAGCAGAAGCUGCUCCUCGUAAUCAACCAGCCGCAGCAGAGAAGAGCAAACAAGGAAGCGUGGAUGAUGAGUUUGACUUUGGGGACUUCCAGGCUGCUUUGUGA